AAAAUUGCUAACCGGAAGGGAAGGCCAGAGCCCAAGAAGAAGAAGAGGAGGAGGGAGAACAGUAAGAAGAAGAAGAAAAAGAACACGAAAUAGAGAACGAGAAAAAGAAGGACAGUCGCCGCCGCCGCCGAUGAGACCAGCAACAGAAGAGAAAGUACUCUGCCACUGGUGAGGUGUCUUCUUCCUCUGGCUCGUCUACCUGCCUAACCUGAACUCACCCCACCCUCCGUCGAGCUCGGCCUCACCCAGCCCCUGCACCGAGCCCAAGCCUCAAGUCAGCCACACUCCCUCCCUCUCCUCCCGGCUUCCUCUACUUCUUUCUCCUAAAGUUUUUUUAACGCUGCACUAUGGGAGGGAGAGGCGGACCAGCACGGACCAACGGUACCGCGGCAAGCAACAAGAUCUGCCAGUUUAAGCUUGUGCUUUUGGGGGAGUCUGCGGUGGGAAAGUCCAGCUUGGUGCUUCGCUUCGUCAAAGGCCAGUUCCACGAGUACCAGGAGAGCACCAUCGGAGCUGCCUUCCUCACACAGACGGUAUGUUUGGAUGACACAACAGUCAAGUUUGAGAUCUGGGACACUGCAGGACAGGAACGGUAUCACAGCUUGGCACCUAUGUACUACAGGGGAGCCCAGGCCGCCAUCGUGGUCUACGACAUCACCAACACAGAUACAUUCACACGUGCAAAGAACUGGGUGAAGGAGCUCCAGCGACAAGCCAGCCCGAAUAUUGUUAUUGCACUGGCAGGGAACAAAGCAGACCUGUCCAACAAGAGGGCUGUCGAUUUCCAGGAAGCACAAUCAUAUGCAGAUGACAACAGUUUGCUCUUCAUGGAGACGUCAGCCAAGACUGCUAUGAAUGUCAAUGAGAUUUUUAUGGCUAUAGCCAAGAAGCUUCCUAAGAACGAGCCUCAGGGCGGAGCGGGCGCCGCUGGACGAACCAGAGGUGGUGUGGACUUGCAGGAAGCUGCACCACAGGGCAGAAGUGGCCAGUGCUGUGGCGGCGGGAACUAAACAAAACCACCGAGUCAGCUGAUCGAACCAAUCUAACAGCUCCGAUCAACCAGACCAGAUAUUAGCCAUCUGUCAAACAAUGUCCCAAAACCACAACUGACCAAAAUCACAACUGUGUAUUGAAAACAUAUUGCUGUAUUUGUAUCAGACUUUUCAAGUUUAUAAUCAAUCUGUAGUUAUUGUCAAAACAAUAUCUUCCCAAUCUCUACAUGAUGUUUGUCAACCUUAAUUAUUUUGUGUUUUUUUUUUUUUUAAUUGUCUUAAUUUUUUUUUCUGAAGAUCUAUGGUAUUAAAUGCACUGGUUCUGUCUCAUCAUCUUUUCCUGAAUUGAGAUGUUGUCCCCAUC